AUGGGAAAAGGAACCGACAAGCUCUAUAUCACCCACUCUGAAUGGUCCUCGAGCGAUCAGUUCUCGGCUUCUGCUGGAGCAGGAGUCAGAGCUAGCAGCAACCAACAUGCCUCUUUCAAGAGACUACCCUACAACUAUUGCGCAUUGAGUCUGCAGCCUUUUCAGACGCCAGUUUGCACCCCUGGAGGGCAGAUCUUCGACCAUGAGAACAUCAUACGCUGGUUGCUCAACCAUGACACAAACCCCACGAAUGGCCAGCCUCUCAGGCAAUCCGAUCUGAUCAAGCUGAAUUUCGCACAAAAUGAAGGUGGAGGCUACGUCGAUCCAGUCACUUUCAAAGAGUUCACAGACAACACUCACAUGAUCGCGAUACGGCAUGGACCUUCAGCUAAUGUUUUCGCUUACGAUACUGUCGAAAGACUGAACUUCAAACCUAAAAUGUGGAACGAUCUUGUCUCAGAUGAGGAAUUCACCAAGAGGGAUAUCAUUACCCUGCAGGACCCCCAGAAGCUCGAGUCAAGAGAUCUGAACAAGUUCAAGUACCUCAAAGAGGGUGAAGACUCGGGUGUGCCUAAAGAGGAGGCCGAAAUCAAUGUAUCCGCCAUGGGAAAUGCUGCUAAGAUUCUAAAAGCUAAGGAAGCUGUAGCCAAAGCUCGUGCUGAGAGAAGUGCCGCGACCCUGCAGAAGAGUGGCCAGAAAAACGACGACACCAUCAAAACACCUGCGCAACCUGCGAAGGCGAAAAAGGCAACACCAUAUAAUGCCACCAAGCACACCACUGGCCUCGCUGCUGCUUCCUUCACAUCGACUGGCGUGACUCCUACCACUUCUAACGCCCUGGCUUUGAUGAGUGAUGAAGAGUAUCUCUUGAAACGUGGUCGCGUCAAACAAAAAGGCUACGCGCGGAUGGAGACUUCGCUUGGUGAGUUGACUCUCGAGCUGUACCCCGAGUAUGCACCAAAAGCCGUUUGGAAUUUUGUCAAGCUGGCCCAGAAAGGCUACUACGAUGGCAUAAGCUUUCAUCGAAAUAUUAAGAACUUCAUGGUUCAAGGUGGUGACCCUACAGGCACUGGUCGCGGAGGUACCUCAGUAUGGGGCAAACCCUUCCAAGAUGAGCUGCAGGGUCCGAUGAAACACGAUAGUCGUGGUGUUGUAAGUAUGGCGAAUAAAGGCAAGGACACGAAUUCGAGUCAGUUCUUCUUCACGUAUCGUAAGACACUACAUCUCGACGGCAAGCAUACAAUAUUCGGGAAAGUGGUCGACAGUGAUGUCGUCCUCAAAGCAAUGGAGGAUGCUGAAGUAGGGCAAAACGAUCGCCCUGUAGAAGACAUCGUGAUCGAGAAGGUGAGUAUCUAUAUCGAUCCAUUCGAGCAGUUUCAGAAGGAGCGGAAUGCUACCGAGACCGACCAGAGAAGGAAAGAAGAACAACAGCGGGAGGGUACGGACGACGACAGCAGGACGACAUGGACCGGCAAACGUAUAAGAGCUGACGGAACUAUUGAUAACGGUGUUGGUGGUGUUGGUAGAUACCUUCAGGCCAAGAUGGCUGAUCAGGCACAACCUUACGAGGAGGACGAAAUAAUUGAGUUCGUCGAUCAGGAACCAGAUCCUGGUCCCGCUCGAAAGAAAGCUAAAGCAGGUCGUGGCUUCGGCAACUUCGAAGGCUGGUAA